AUGCAGUUUGGCGAUUCAAGGAGCUUGGCCAUGAUAGUGACCAUCCCAGACAUGGAAGAAAGCGCACUGUCAGCACGUCUAAAAACCAUAAGAUCAUCAAAGCAAGUUGACCAAUAUGCAAAGAUCUCCAUGAGAAAAAUUGCUCAUGAGAUUGGAAUCAAUCGUGAAUUGUUGCAGUUAAUGGCGAUAAAGGAACUCAGACUCAAACCCUACAAGUUCCAAAAGAUUCAGCUCCCCACUGACGAAAACAAGCGCAUGCAACUCCAAAGAUGCCGUCAACUCAAGUGUUGGGCCGCAGGUCAACAAUGGGAGAGCAUUCUCUUCACACACAAGAAGCUUUUCUCCAUACAACAGGCGCACAACCAUCAAAACGACAGGAAUUGGUCUGCAGAGGCUCCUGGAUGCUCAGUCAUCAUCAAACAUCGCCAAAAUCCAAUGUCAGUCAUGGUUUGGGACGGAAUUUGUGCAAGAGGCAAGACACCCCUUGUUUUCGUCGAUCAAGGGGCCAAAAUCAAUCAAGACGUGUACUGCCGUGACGUUCUCGAGGCCGUGAUACUUCCAUGA